UCUCUCUCUACAUAUAUCUAUAUCAAAAAUAAAUAAAAAAACAUUUUUUUCUUUUCACCAAAACUAAUUUAAUUCCUGGGUAGCUGCAGUUUAUGUUUGUUCGUACUAAUUUAAAUUUUUAAUUGGUUAUAUUUCAUCUCAUUUCGUUUUACAAGGGAAAUGACUAGAAAGAGGAUACAGAUCAAGAAAAUAGACAACAUAAGUUCGAGGCAGGUUACUUUCUCCAAGCGAAGGAAAGGGCUUUUCAAGAAAGCUCAGGAGCUAUCAACCCUUUGUGAUGCAGACAUAGCUCUCAUAGUGUUUUCUGCAACUAGCAAGCUCUUUGAGUAUGCAAGUUCUAGUAUGCAACAAGUAAUUGAAAGGCGCGAUCGCCAUUCGGCAAUGCAUAGAUUGGAUCGCCCCUCUAUUGAGAUGCAGAUUGAGACUGACUCCAACGACAUCCUGCGCAAGAAAGUAGAAGAUAAAAGUCGUGAACUGAAGCAGUUGUAUGGGGAAGAUCUGCAAGGGUUGACAUUACAAGAGCUGCAGAAACUAGAGGAGCUACUUAAAAGAGGUUUGACCAAUGUUUCAAAACUAAAGGAUGAAAAAGUUAUGGAAGAGAUCUUCACCCUUAAGAGAAAGGGAGUGGAACUGAUGGAGGAAAACCAAAGACUGAAACAGGUACCAAGCAUUUUCCAAGUACAUAGGCAAUCAUCGGAAUCCAUUAUUAGCAAUUCAUCUAAUUUUCCUGAAGAUGGUGGUAGUGAUACAUCUCUCAAGUUGGGGUUACCUUAACUUGAAUAAUGAACAAAAUGUAGAUUAUUAGAACUAUAGAAGUGACCAGGUUCGCUUCCUUUAUGUGUCACUCAAAACCAAUUGAAUCGAGAGUGUUUGCUGUUUAAAAACUACUCUUGUAAAGUAAGUAUAAAUCCAAGGGAUGAGGUCCUGCUUGUAGAAUUGUACUUGAAUUCAUCUUCUAUGUUCUUUUGGUAAAUUGAUCCAAAGGAAGUGUUAUAUGUGCCCGAAUUAAGGGUCGACACUUUGGUCGUAUCUAUAGUUUAUUUAUCAUCAUAAAAAAUUGAUUCUUUC